UUACCAAAGAACUGUAAUCUUAAAUCCUAGUUCCACACGAAUUCAGAUUUCCAAAACCUGUAUAUAAUCAAUUCAUUGUUUUCCCAGAAGAUAAAUUUUCUCUCUCACUAUAUCCGCACGCAAUAUUCAUUGAUUUUCCCAUAAAUAAUCUCUCUCCCUCUACUGGAUUUUAAGCCUUUUACUGAAUCUUGAAUAUGGACUCCUACUAUUGGUGGGCAUCCGUACGUGAACUGGAUUUUCCAGAACCAGAGGUUGGUAAUGACACUUCAUCAACAACAAAUACUGAAGUGGGAUUCAAUUUUCAAAUCAUUAAACACUUGGUAAAUCAUCAAGGCAAUCUUUAUGUGGAAGCUCAAGGACUAGAGCUAUUGUUGAUAAAAACAAAACUCAUUCGUGUCGAUUUUGCGGCUGCUGAUGAUGAGUUAAAACAACUUCUGCUGUCAGAACUCGAAAUUUAUAGCAUAAGAAAUCAGAACUUUAAAGAACAAAUCGCCGAUGAGUUAAUUUACUAUGCACGAACCAGAGAUACCACGGUCCGGGAGAUGAUCUUGGAGGUUCAUUUAAAAAAGUUAUAUUGUAAUGAUGGAGAUGGAAGUUCUUUACAGUUGAUGGAAUUUGAUCCAGUAAGUAUGGAUACAAUUUUAUGGCCGUCAGAGAAGAUAGUCCCGUACAAGAAUGAGAAUGACGAGGUCGAGAUUUGUACAGUUUGUUUAGAAGAGAUUCCGGCAGAGUCGUUGGUCUCAACUCUGACGUGUUCUCAUGUUUUCCACAGCAAUUGCAUUUUCGAAUGGCUAAACACAAGCGAAAAUUGUCCUAUUUGCCGUUUUGAGUUGAUUGUGUACCCAAUAAGGUUGUCAGUUUUGGGUCUGGUAAAUAAUGUUUAGUUGGUAUCUUUCAUGUGAGAGAAUGACAUAAAUUUUGUGUUUUACUACCUGGUGAUUGGUGAUGUUAUAUAAGAGUAGCUUAGGAUGAUUUGUUUUUUUUUUUUUUCUUUCUCUAAAUAUUGAACUCCAACCUUGAAGGCCCUCAUCGUCUAGCUCCUAGAGUAUCGUGAGAAAAGUAAAUCGCGGAAUGUGCCCCAUCAGAUCAGAGAACAAGAGUUUGCCUGUACACUGGUGUUCACCAGGAAUCGAACCCUUACACUGCGGCUGUCAGUAAGGCUGAGACUACCUCACUCCUGUCCUUUGUACCACUAAGUUAUGUUCCAGGGGGCGCCUUUUCUUUUCUUUUUUUUUCCCCCCUUCAUAAGGUGUUCUUGAUGCGCAAUUUUCUCAA